AGGGGGCGGGGAGCAGGGAGGGGCGGGGCUCCCGGGACCUGUUGAUCGCAGGUGUCAGUUCCCCGGCUGGCCCCUGAGUGCUGGGCGUGUGCGCAUGCUCGGCGCACGGGGUUGGGCUCUGGGCUCUGGGCUCUGAGACCCGCAGCCGCUGCCCCAGUUCCCGGUGAACCUCGGUGCGUUAGCAAUUGUUGGUGUGUCAGUCCGGUGUCGGCGUGAGGCGGCGCUGGGUCAGCGCAAGGCAGCGCUGUGGAAGUGGAAGGCCCGCUUUUCCCUACCUGGAUCGCACGCUCCUGGCGCUGGGAAGGGGCAGCUCACGAUUUGCUUUGAUGUCACAUUGAAAUGACAUAUUGAGUCACCUUUGAUAACUUCACCUGGAAAAUAAAUAGAGUUAUUUUUUAUUAAAAAAGCAUAAAGAAAAUGACCAAAGGAAUCAUGCCAGAUGUCAACUGUACAUCUUCUCCUAUCAUCCUUUUGUAUUUUUUAAUCUGUCAAGACAACUGACUGGUUCACGAAAGAAAUUUGUUCAUCAAUGAUAUUUUUUGCAGUUAAAAACAGAAACAACCAUUUUUGUCUCAGUGUGUACAACUCUCUUAUAAAAUUUAACACGUAAAAAUCUUUAAGGCCUUGUUUUUUAAAAGGAAGUUCUUUUAAAGUUCUUGUUAGCUCUCAGACCUUCAAUGUUUACUUACCCCAUUUUUACCUAUAUCCUCAAAAAUUUAUACCAUUAAGAAAGAUAUGGACUUGGAAACUUACAUACUUAUUACAAACUGUUGUGAAUUUAAGUUGCAAAUUCAAGUUAUCCAUUUUGUCAUCAGAAAUACAGCAUCCAUGUACAGUUCUUAGCUUUAAUGCAAACAAAGUUGUUUGAAGAUGGCCUGGGUAAAAUUCUUACGGAAACCUGGUGGCAACCUUGGGAAAGCUUACCAACCUGGAAGUAUGCUAUCAUUAGCCCCUACCAAAGGCUUGUUAAACGAACCAGGACAAAACAGCUGCUUUCUUAAUAGUGCUGUACAGGUUUUAUGGCAAUUGGAUAUAUUCCGGCGAAGCUUGCGUGUUCUGACUGGACAUAUUUGUCAGGGAGAAGCCUGCAUAUUUUGUGCACUGAAGACAAUAUUUGCCCAGUUUCAGCACAGUCGGGAAAAAGCGCUUCCCUCAGAUAACAUAAGGCACGCUCUUGCAGAAAGCUUCAAAGAUGAGCAGCGAUUUCAGCUUGGCCUUAUGGAUGAUGCUGCAGAGUGCUUUGAAAAUAUAUUGGAGAGGAUUCAUUUUCACAUAGUGCCAAGCAGAGAUGCAGACAUGUGCACCUCUAAGUCUUGUAUCACUCACCAGAAGUUCGCUAUGACUCUGUAUGAACAGUGUGUGUGUCGUAGCUGUGGAGCAUCAUCAGAUCCUCUACCUUUUACAGAAUUUGUGCGGUACAUUUCUACAACAGCUUUAUGCAAUGAAGUUGAAAGAAUGAUGGAAAGACAUGAACGCUUAAAACCUGAAAUGUUUGCAGAAUUACUCCAAGCAGCAAAUACAACAGAUGAUUAUAGAAAGUGUCCUAGUAAUUGUGGCCAAAAAAUAAAAAUUCGCCGUGUUUUAAUGAAUUGCCCAGAGAUUGUUACAAUUGGUUUAGUCUGGGAUUCUGAGCAUUCUGACUUAACCGAAGAUAUUGUGAGGAAUCUUGCAACACAUCUUUAUCUUCCUGGGCUUUUUUAUAGGGUUACUGAUGAAAAUGCCAAAAAUAGUGAGCUUCACCUUGUUGGUAUGAUCUGCUAUACCAGCAGACAUUACUGUGCCUUUGCCUUUCAUACCAAGAGCUCCAAAUGGGUAUUUUUUGAUGAUGCAAAUGUGAAAGAGGUUGGCACUCGAUGGAAAGAUGUGGUCUCCAAGUGCAUUCGGUGCCACUUCCAGCCACUGCUUUUGUUCUACGCAAACCCAGAUGGCGCGGCAAUUUCUACUGAAGAUGCACUCAGGCAGGUUGUCAACUGGUCACAUUACAAAUCUGUGGCAGAAAAUAUGGGAUGUGAAAAGCCUGCAAAUUAUAGUUCUGAAAAUUCAAAAGAAAAUGGAUUUAGUGACCAGGCAAAACAGAGAGACAAUCAGAAACUUCAGACUACUAAUAUUUCAUCAUGUAGCCGGAGCCACGUUCAGAUAAGUGGUGGUAGAGGACCAGUUAAAUUAAGCCACAAUGAUCAAAGGGAAAAGAUGAAAGACAUUUCCCGAGAAUGUGCUCUGAAAGCCAUUGAACAGAAAAACUUACUUUCUUCACAAAGGAGAGAUUUAGAAAAGGGACAAAGGAAAGAUGCAGGCCGAAAUAAAGAUUUAGUUGAUGAAAACAUCCCGCAGUUCAAGUCUGGAUCACCUCCUGCCCUAAAUAGCUUUAGACAAUGUGAAAAUCCACAUCUAUAUCACAGUCAAGGAAGAGGACCCUAUAAACAUGAUCGAAUUUCCCAUCAGAGUCGAGCUUCUGGACAAAUAACAACUUUGGGCAAAUCUCAGAUUCUUGAUCCAGGAGAGAAAAUAACAGGCAAAGUUAAGAAUGACAUUGGCACUGGAUACGACACAGACAGCAGCCAAGAUUCUAGGGAUAAAGGAAGUGGCUGCAACAGCAGUAGUAAAAGCCGGAACCGAGGUUGGAAACCUAUGAGAGAGACAUUAAAUGUCGACAGUGUUUUUAGUGAAAGUGAAAAAAGACAACAUAGUCCAAGACAUAAGUCAAAUGGUGGUAACAAACCUAAAAGUAGGAAAGAUCAGAGUUUUAAUAACUGGCCAAAAGAGAAUCCAAGGCAGAAAGGUUUAAUGACCAUAUAUGAAGAUGAAAUGAAACAGGAAAUAGGAUGCAGAAGUUCCCUUGAAUCAAAUGGAAAAGGAACAGAGAAAAAUAAAGGCAUCAUAGAGAGUAAAGUUCAUGGUGAAAACUGGCAGAUGCAAAGAACUGAGUCUGGAUAUGAAAGCAGUGAUCACAUCAGUAAUGAAUCUGCCAGUUUGGACUCACCAGUUAUUGAUGGAAUUGGUACAGUAAUGGAUGUCUGUGGUGCUAAAGAACAGGUAUCUUUCAGUGACCAAAUUAAGACAACCAGCAUAAAUGUAGAACCUGUGGACUAUACCUCCCAUCAGAACAAAAAGCACUUGGAAGAAUUUAAGGACUUGGAAGCAGGCUAUAAAUCACAUGAGCUCCACCCAGAGUCACAUCUGCAUGCAAAAUAUCCUCAGAUAAAAAGGCCACAUAUCCAUGAAACUAAUGGAAAGUUAUUUCCUUCAUGCAAUCUACAAAUACUGAAGGACCACACUGCAAGUGACCAAAUCCACCAAUCAGAUGAACAGAAAUUUGAAAAGCCAAAUGGAUACAAAUUUUCUGAGUGGCUUAAUAAAGAAAAUUCUGAGAGACCAAGUUUGCCUUUUCACAGUGAUGACAGUUCUGCAUCUGCAAAGAGAGUGAGCAGUAAUGAAAUAAUCUCACCAUCUUCAUUGUGUCCUUCACACCUGAGAACUGUUGGGCUAAAACCAGAAACUACUCCCCUCACCCAACAGCAAAAUAUGAUGGAACAAUCUUACUCUGUGAACUCUCUGUCCAGGGAACGUAUAAUUCAGUCAACCUGCAGGUCUGAGGGUUGCCAGAUGCCAAAUUUUAUUUGCCAGAAUCAACCACCCCCUUUGCCACCAAAGAAAUAUGCUAUAACCAGUGUGCCACCGUCAGAACAGAAUAAAUCUAUGUCUGAUGUCAAACUUCCAGAAGCACUUAUUAAAACUACAUCUGCUGGUCUUCCAACACACAGUUUAAGGACAACUUUGGAACCAAGUUUAGAAGCAAGUACACAUGUGAAUGACAGAUGUAAAGAAACAAAUCAAGUUAAACAGCCUGUUGGCAUCACACAAAACUACCCAGCCAACUCUUCAACUUCAACUAAUAACUUUCUGGCAAAUUCAGAUGCAGUUGUUGAAGCACUUUGCCAACCAGAACUAGGCUCCAGUUAUGUGAGCCCAAACGAACCAGUUUCACUAACUACCUAUUUUUCAGUGGAUAACUGUAUGACUGACACAUACAGAUUGAAAUACCAUCAGAGGCCUAAGCUCUAUUUUCCAGAGAGCAGUGACUUUUGCGAUGAUAGUUCACUAUCUCAAAGUGAAAGACAGGUUGGACCUAUGUUACAUAACAGCGUUGGUUCAAGCAGCCUUCCUGAACGAGGAGAUCAGCCUAGCAUACACUGUAACAGAUGAUGAAAUCAGCAAGCUUACCUUCCAUGCCAUUAGAGUACAGUGUAUCUAUUGACCAAACUGAUUUUAUGUAGAGAUACAUAAAAUUAAACCCCAUAACUUUUUUAAAAUCAUUAAUCACUUUAACUUCUGUGUGGGAGUGGGUGUCUGUGUGUCUGUAUCUGUGUCUGUGUGUCUGUCUGUACACACAUUUUACUUUUUGAUGAUCGAUUCAGUGGAUGAUUUAAAAUUCCCUUUGAACAGUUUUGGCAUGCCUUGAAAAAUGGAAAAAACAGAUUUGCCAUAUGUAACAGUUGAAUAAAAACUGUCCGGCUAUCAAGUGGCUAGUAGACCCAUAGUACUCCUGUAUGUAAAUUCUUAAACUAGGCUAUUUGAAAAAUGUCAGGUGAUACAUAGUUUGUCUAGUCAAAGCAGUAUUUGCUUCUUGAAGAGCACUUUGUAAUGGGUGACCAAAAGAAGGCUUCACCCAUUUGUUUCUGACUUCUGUGAUAGUCUACCACAUAUGAUCCCUUCAAGUGUCUUUAAAAAAGUGACCCAUGAAAUUUGACAGUAUUUUGGGGAAAAUGCCUUAAUAACAAUUUUUAAAUUAAAACAUCAGGGUCAGGUAGAACUAACUUUGUUCUUAGAACUUUUAUCUUUAGAAUAUCUAGUUAAAUUAGGCCAUUGACUAUUUUAUAUAUUCAUAAAUACUACUUCAGCCAUGUAAGCUUUAGUAUAUUUAUUUACCUUGUUACAUUUUUUUCUAAUUUUAUAUGAAAUGUGAAAGGUUUUUAUUUUGGUUUACUUUGGGCUCCUAAUAACCAGUGUUAGGAAUUAAGCUUGGGCCCUCAUACUGGGAUGGUCACUAUUAACUACCAAAAUUUCCUCUGCUCUACUCUCACUUGCUCAUUAG